AGAUAGCAAUUUUUUUGAGCUUUGAGCAAUUUGAAAAAGUCGGUUGAAUUCGUUGCUAAUUAUUGCACUGUAAUUGCAUUAUAAAUCGCUAAUUUGUAAAUUGUAUUGCAUUUUGGGUGUAUCUGAAAAACUCGUGAUAUUCUGCUCUGGUUUAUCUUAAGUUAACCUUGAAUACAGUUAAAAUAAUCAAGGUUUUUCCGAUUAACAGCAAACCCCGUAUGCGUGGUAAUCCGAAGUUUAUUUAAAAACGUCUGCCAAAUCAAGCAAAAUUCCGCCCUACACGAUGGACGACUUCGUCAAAAUUGAAAAAAUUGGGGAAGGGACGUAUGGAGUGGUGUACAAGGGUAAAAACAAACAAACUGGGCAGUUUGUUGCCAUGAAAAAAAUCAGGUUGGAUUCUGAAGACGAAGGAAUACCGUCAACUGCUAUACGCGAGAUCUCAUUGCUGAAAGAAUUGGAUCACCCAAACAUUGUAAAAUUAGAAGAUGUGUUGAUGGAAGAGGCUCGUCUUUACCUCAUUUUUGAAUUCCUUUCUAUGGAUUUGAAGAAAUACAUGGACUCUCUUGGUUCAGGCAAGUUCAUGGAGCCCAGCUUAGUGAAGAGCUACCUGUAUCAGAUUAACAGCGCCAUCUUGUACUGCCACAAGCGCCGCAUCCUGCACCGCGACUUGAAACCACAGAACUUACUCAUUGAUAAGUCUUCUGGAAUUAUUAAGGUGGCAGACUUUGGCCUUGGCCGUGCAUUUGGUGUGCCAGUGAGGGUCUACACCCAUGAAGUGGUUACACUUUGGUAUCGGGCCCCAGAAGUCCUUCUAGGGAGUCAACGCUACUCCUGUCCAGUUGACAUCUGGGCGAUUGGGUGCAUAUUCGCUGAGAUGUCUUCUAAGAAGCCACUAUUCCAAGGAGAUUCAGAAAUUGAUCAACUGUUUCGCAUAUUCAGGAUGCUGAGAACCCCUACUGAAGAGAUCUGGCCGGGAGUCUCCUCUCUUCCCGACUACAAGCCCACAUUCCCUAACUGGACCACUUUAAAUUUGCAUAAUCAUGUGCAAAAUCUGGAAGAGAGGGGCGUGGACCUUCUGCAGAAGAUGCUGGUGUACGACCCCAUGUGCCGCAUCAGCGCGCGCGACGUGCCCCAGCACGGUUACUUCGCCGACGUCAAGCUGCCGCCCGGCCUCGGCUCGCACUCGCACUGACUGCGAUGAGGCGCCCACCGUGCCAAGACUGCCUCGUGCUGUGCCCUUACAACCAAUGCUAGUUACAACUAAAAUGAUCAUACUUUCCGAGUGUAGUGUGCUGUUAUUGUGUUAUGUGUCCACCGCAGUGCUGUGGUCGAGACGCCUCGUCGACACUUUGGGUAGUCAGCUUCACACUGUGCCAAGACUGCCUUACACUGUGAAGGCUGUCUCACACUGUGUAAAAGCUGUCUCACACUGUGUAAAGGCUGUCUCACACUGAUAAGGCUGUCUCACACUGUAACACUGUGCCAAAACUGCUUUAAGGUCACUGCAUACGUAACGUGUUUAUCUCGUCCCGGACGGGACGGGAGGGUUUCUCAAACUACUAUUAGAUAACUAGAAAACGAAAAGGACGGGACGUUCCAGUUGUCCAAUAGUAGUACAAAAAAUCCUCCCAUCCCGUCCGGGACGAGAAAAAUCACGUUACGUAUGCAGUUACCUUUACACUGUGCCACACACUGUGAUAAGGCUGUCUCACACUGUGCCAAGACUGCCCCACACUGUGCCCUUAUAACUAAUGCUAGUUCCAAAAAAAUACUUCAAAAAAUUAUUAGAUCUCAGCUCAUAUCUUACAAAGAGUGCAGUGUAGUGUGUUUGAGAAAUAAAAGCGUGCAGGUUAAUUACAAAGACAAAACUACCUCAUUUCACACUAUGUCAAGACUGCUACACACUGUGCUUUUACGACUCAGGCUCAAAGUAGCGCGAGUCCUUUGAGUCUCCAUAUGUUUUCACUAUUAUAAUACUAGUUUCAACCAUAUUUAAGUAAAUAAAACUGAAUGUUAUUAUUAAAAAGUUUUCAACAACCUGACUGCAGAUUGCACUGCAUCAGAUCUGGUAUUUAUAAAAGUGAAACAAGGAUGGCUCUUUUUAAAUAAAUUAUAAUUGAAUAAUUUUAUCAUAAUAUGUGUACUCUGUCAUUUUAAAAAUCUUUCACCAUAUGCGAACAAAGGAAAAAAUAAUGGUCAUUUUGUAUGGCACUUUGGUUUGUAUCUUCCAGUGUCCUUGAUGUUCAUUUUGGUGAUAAAAUAAUUAUUGAUUAUUUUAAUUAAUUAAUGUGUAAAAUAAAAUGUGAUCUUAAUCAAUUGAGACAUUUUUACCCGACUGCAGCAAAGCCAAAAGGAAGGGUUAUGAUUUUAACAGUCUAUGUUUGUGUGUAUCCAGAGUCUGUGUGUUCCACCGUAGCGCCUAAACUACUGGGUCGAUUUUGGUGAAUGAUGUGUCAAUUGAUUCGUCGCAAAGGUCCGGGCGACAGGCUAUAUUUUACAC